AUGGGGUCGAAUCCAGAAAUGUCAGGUUCCAACGCGAGCGGGCCACCUUCCGCUGUGGCACGGAAACCAGAGGUGGCCUUGGCAGGUCUCCCCGAGGAAAUUCUUCUCGCGAUAUUACUUUAUCUGGAGCCAACCGAUAUUGCUCGAUUACAGCAAGCAUCCCGAAAGUUCUGCAGUCUGUUUCGGGACAACACCUUCUGGCGCUCCAUCUGCCUACAGGAGUCUGCCUUUCUCGAGGCUUACAAUCGCCGCCGAGGUGGUCUCCACAACUCAAGACUAAAUCCGGACUCUAUUAAAAGAAUAGCUAUACAAGUCAGCCAUGAUGCGGAUCUCAAAUCAGAAUUGCGGGGCCCUGUGAAGAAGGAGAGGCGUCGGAUAAUGGCAAACUGGGACCCGACAUACGUGGGCGAGGACGUGUCGUGGUACAGCGAGUACAUACAGCGACACGGAAAGAUCACCAUCAACUGGCUGCAGCAGCCACAAAUAAGCGAAGGCUCCGAGAUUCGGGCGAAUGAGGUCAAGGGAGUGGCCCUCUAUCGCCCAAGCAACCCAGAAGGAGAGCCGGACAGGACAGGAAGCGUUUUCGCUGUGUCCCCAUUGGAGGACGGAUCAGUGUGCCUGUGGGACGUUAAUGGUACCAUCCGCAAACCUGGAGGUAUUGCCGCCAAGAGCGAACCUGGGAUCCUAUUUAUUGAUGGACCAAGGGGUAAUAAUAGCCUGCGCUCAAAGCGGGUCGACAGUGGCGUUACUGAGUGCGUUGCAGUCGACAGCCAUCGCGGUAGGGCAUUUGUAGCGGUUCAGAGUCACCUUCUCGAGGUAGACCUGGAACGGAUGUCAGUCGCAGGUUGCGAGUCUUUCCCAUGGUCAAUCACUACCAUGUCGACUGCCGACCCAGAUCUCCCUCUGACGGUUGGGACUACUCAUGGCUUGCAUAUUUAUGAUCACAGAGCAAGAGGAUCUGCGAUGCAGCGUGUCGAUGAUGGAGAUGGAAUUGAUCAAUUUGACAGGUCGGGGGCCAAUGGCUACUAUGAGAGAUCCAUGCGGGCCCUGUUCGCGGAUGAACCACUGCCCCCGUAUACGUCCCUUGCACAGCCAGGACCACUCAGCAUACUACACCUCGGGGAACUCAGCGGCGCGUCCAACGACAUUUAUGUUGCUGGUCGAUUUUCCAACAUUCUUCAUUACGAUCGGCGAAAAUUUGGCACGAUCAAGGACUCCAUUCAUUCUGGCGCGCGCCUGUGCAGCAUGACGUCUCUUCCAUAUCUCUAUAACCACGUGGCCAGCGAAGCACGACGCAAGGGGCAAAUGUCCAUCGCGGCGGUCAAGGAAAGCAAGGAGCUGAAGGGGCAUACAUUGGUUGCUUGUGGCGAAUACAACACAAAAGGCUCCUUGGAGCUUUACGGCCUUAGAACUGGUGCCUCGUCCUCGUCACCCCUGCUGAGCUCGGAGAAUAUUAAGAACCGCCAGACGUCCUCGCCUUCAAAGCUGCUGUCUGUUUCGAACCAUGGAACCCGUCUAGUUGUUUCUAAUGGGUCCGGCCUGAUCAAAUGGUUCGAGCGUGACGGGUUCACUGAGGUCCGAAAAUGCCGGAUCGGUCAGAAUAGAGCGGCUCAGGAUGCAGGGCCAAGAAUAUUCGGCCCGGCAUCGGGUUGUGAAGAUCUGGCACGGAAACUACUCCCGAUCGCGCACAAUGAGACAAUUAAGAACAAUGAAAUUCUGUUCUGGACUGGCGAGAGACUGGGUCUUGUAAGUUUCUCGGCCAGGUCAGGCUUUACCGCGGACGAAUUUGAGCAGGAAGCCAAGUCGGCAAUGGAGCUCGAACAGGAGCGGGUGGAGCGUGGUUACAGAGAGGGCAUGCGUCUUGCGCUGCAGCGUCAGGCCGAGGAUGUUAGAUUUGUCCGGGGGCUGGGACUCGGGGCUACUAUGUAG